GACUGGUUGCGGUAAGCGUCGCUCAGGCGCUGCGCUGCUACCAAGUUGCGGCGGAGCUGGUGACAAGGGCUGCAAAAGGGCCGGGGCUGACUUCGGAGUUCGUAGCAGCUCCAACUCAAGCAAGAGAGCCGAGAGUCGGAGAAGCCCGGCGACCUCCUGCCAACUUCAACCCGGAGCAUGUUUGAGCACUCUGCGAGGCACAGCGCCAUCCGCACCACCGACUCAGUUACUGACUGACUUCUGUACCUUUUAAACCCCCAGCGAUUCGCAAGGGACGGGAGAAAAGCGAAGGAGGAGCUGCAGUGUAUGUGUGUGUGUGCGUGCGUUUUUGCAAAUUGCUCCGGAGGAGGAUCGAGGGAGAUGGAUGCGUUGGCUGCUGCCCUGAUGCUUCUGCUGGCGGCGGUGGUACCUCUGGUUUCGGGGCAGGAGAGGGAUUACAGCCUCCGGGAGGAGCUGCCCGAUAACGUGCUGGUGGCCAACCUGGUGCGGGACCUGAACCUGACGGCGGCGGCGGCGGCUGGUCUGCCCCUCACCUUCAAGCUGGUCUCCAAGACCGGGGAUGCCCCGCUGCUGCGGGUGGAGGGCAGCAGCGGGGAGCUGUACACCACCGCCCACCGCAUCGACCGGGAGAAGCUGUGCGCCAACUCCUUCAGCGAUAGCCGCUGCUUCUACGAGGUCGAGGUGGCCGUGCUGCCCAACGAGGUCUUCCAGCUGGUCAAGAUGCGCUUCCUCAUCGAGGAUGUCAACGACAACGCUCCGCUCUUCCCCUCGGCGGUCAUCAACAUCUCCAUCCCGGAGAACACAGCCGUCAACUCCCGCUACUCGGUGCCCUCCGCCCUGGACCCGGACGCUGGCAUCAAUGGCAUCCAGCACUACGAGUUGCUCAAGGGGCAGAGCGUCUUCGGGCUGGACAUCAUCGAGACCCCCGAAGGUGACAAGUGGCCCCAGCUCAUCGUCCAGCAGAGCCUGGACCGCGAGCAGAAGGACACCUACGUGAUGAAGAUCAAGGUGGAGGACGGUGGCAAGCCCCCACGCUCCAGCACCGCCAUCCUCCAGAUCACCGUCACCGACGUCAACGACAACCGGCCCGUCUUCAAGGAAGGGGAGACCGACGUCCACAUCCCCGAGGACGCGCCGGUGGGCACCUCGGUCGUCCAGCUGCACGCCACCGACGCCGACCUGGGCUCCAACGCCGUCGUCCGCUUCUCCUUCAGCAACCAGGUCUCUCCGCUGGCCCGCCGCCUCUUCGCCAUCAAUCCGUCCACCGGCCUGAUCACCAUCAGGCAGCCGCUGGACCGGGAGGAGUUCCCCGUGCACAAGUUGACCGUCCUGGCCAGCGACGGGAGCUCAACCCCCUCCAGGGCCGUGGUCACCAUUAACAUCACCGACGUCAAUGACAACGUGCCCGCCAUCGACACUAGGUAUAUCAUUAACCCCGUCAACGGCACCGUCUUGCUGUCGGAAAACGCACCGCUCAAUACCAAAAUCGCCCUGAUCACUGUCACGGAUGAAGAUGCAGAUCUAAACGGGAAGGUCACCUGCUUCACUGACCACGAUGUCCCAUACCGUUUGAAGCCUGUGUUUGAAAGCCAGUUCUUACUAGAAACUGCUGCCUUGCUAGACUAUGAGAGUACGAAAGAAUAUACUAUUAAGAUAGUGGCUUCCGAUGCAGGCAAACCACCGUUAAAUCAAUCAGCCACUGUGGUGAUUAAGCUGAAGGACGAGAAUGAUAACGCUCCUGUUUUUAAUCAGCCCGUAAUUGGCCUGUCAAUCCCUGAAAAUAACACCCCUGGUACACAGUUAACAAAAAUCAGUGCCACUGACGCGGACAGUGGGAAAAAUGCAGAGAUCACUUACCUCCUGGGUCCCAAUGCCCCCUCUGUCUUCAGUGUAGAUCGGAGAACUGGCAUUCUGUCAGCUAUGAGGAGGUUAGACCGAGAGAAACAGGACCGUUAUGUUUUUACAGUUCUGGCCAGGGAUGGAGGCAAGCCUUCUAUUCAGAGCAACGCUACUGUGGUUGUGACUGUGUUAGAUCAAAAUGACAACAGCCCUUCCUUCACACACAGUGAAUACAAUUUCUACGUGCCUGAAAACCUGCCCAUGUAUGGGACAGUUGGACUUAUUACUGUUACAGAUGCAGAUGCAGGAGAUAAUGCAGCUGUUAGCCUUUCCAUCUUGAAUAAUAAAGGCUACUUUAUAAUUGACCCCACCAGUGGGGUCAUCAAGCCCAAUAUUACGUUUGACAGGGAGCAGCAAAGUUCCUAUACGUUUCAAGUCAUGGCUGUGGAUGGAGGCAGGCCUCAACGGUCCUCUGUGGCCAGGGUGACCAUAAAUGUUGUUGAUGUAAAUGAUAACAGUCCAGUGUUUGUAUAUCCUCCAUCUAACUUCUCGUAUGAACUAGUAUCGACCUCCGCUAACCCUGGCUCAGUGGUGGGUAAAGUUUUUGCAAUUGACAAUGACACAGGGAUGAAUGCGGAACUGCGCUACAGUAUCGUCAGUGGCAAUUCCAGAGGACUGUUUGCCAUUGACCCAGUGACUGGCAAUAUCACUUUGCAAGAGAAGGUGACUGCAGCAGACCAUGGCUUAUACAGGCUUGUGGUGAAGGUCAUUGAUUUGGGUCAGCCGGAAUCCUUGCAUGCCAUGGCACUUGUGCACUUGUUUCUCAAUGAAACCAUCAAUAAUUUCACCUACGUUCAAGAUCUGGUACGGAAGAGUAUGGAAACGCCAUUGGAUAAGAAUGUUGGAGACAGCCAGAUGACUCCACAGACUAAUGAUUAUAUUAAGAUUGUUAUUGCUAUCAUAGCUGGGACUAUGACUGUCAUUCUUGUUAUUUUUGUGACUGCGUUGGUGCGUUGCCGUCACACGCCAAGACAUAAAACUGUGCAGAAGGGGAAACAGAGCGGGGAGUGGGUGUCUCCCAAUCAGGAAAACCGACAGAUUAAGAAGAAGAAGAGAAAGAAGAAGAGGUCGCCAAAGAACCUUCUUCUGAAUUUUGUUACAAUUGAGGAGUCCAAACCAGAUGACCCUGCUCAUGAGCACAUCAAUGGCACCUUGGACCUUCCAGUGGAAUUGGAGGAUCAGACUAUGGGCAAGUACAACUGGGGCACAACACCCACCACUUUUAAACCCGAUAGCCCGGAUCUGGGAAAACACUACAAGUCGGCCUCCCCACAGCCCUCCUUUCAAAUCAAGCCAGAGACUCCAGUGCCGGUUAAGAAGCAUCACGUGAUCCAAGAGUUACCGCUGGAUAACACAUUUGUGGUGGGCUGCGACUCCCUAUCCAAGUGUUCUUCAAGCAGUUCUGACCCCUACAGCGUAUCAGAAUGCAGUUGUCAGGGAGGCUUCAAGACUGCAGGGCCAAUCCACACCAGACAGUCACAACGAAGGGUCACGUUCCACCUUCCUGAUGGCUCUCAGGAAAGUUGCAGCGAUAGUGGGUUGGGUGACCAUGAACCCAACAGCAGUGCCAGCACAUCGCACCCUCUGCCCCUUGGCUUCCCACAGGAGGAAUACUAUGAGCAAACAUCCCCGAGCAGGACUGAAGGUGAUGGCAACUCAGACCCCGAAUCAAGGGGUAUGUGUAUCUCUGAAAGUUCAUUUCGUUGUCCUGGUUCCACAGAACAUCGCAACGUUCACCUGAAUGUGGAAUCAAACGUGAACCCUCCUUUAAGGGGUGUCGAGGUGUCUCUUCAGAAAGUGCUGCCUGAAGCCUCGGAGACUUGCACACAGGAGUGUCUUGUCCUCGGUCACUCUGACAACUGCUGGAUGCCCCCAUCGCUGACCCAGUACCAGCAGCCUAAUCCUCCCCUGCCGUCUAUUGGAUUUCAGCAGAGCUGGGGCAGAAAUGGCAGGUCAGAGGGGAGGCACUCUCUGGGGAGAGCCAGCAACAAGGAUGACAUUGACAAAAGCCAAGGCAGUGGCAGACAGCAGUUGUACAGCAACUCGGAAAGACACUGCAGCAACGAGGAUCCUGUGAAGGUCAUUCCCCUGGCAAACUUUACGCCAAAUCAGCAGGGCUCAGUGUCAGGUGACAGCUCUCCCUAUGCCCGUGAGCACCAGCUUUAGAAAAGCACCUCAAGGCAACAUUUGAGUGGUUUUGAAGCCAGGAUGUAUAUAGUCACAGCUUUUAGUCCAUGUAGAGCCCAUACAUCAAAAUAUACAAGACUGCUAACAUCUGUAUACAUUUAGUAAGACAGGCCUUUCAAAUAAGUUGUGUAUAAAGCUGUAUAUUGGCAGCUUCUCUGUGCUGUUAAAUACAAUCACUGGAAAUAAAUGUUUGUGUUGUGGAUGACAAAGUGGGUAUAUUUUUAGGAUUGAAUUUUGUGGACUACCAUCCUGAAGUUCAGUGGCAAGCCAGAAUCAUCUUUUUCUUUCUGGAGUUAAUGAUGUCAGACACUAAUCUGAAAAUGCCAGCAAGAAAACAGACUGAAUGAAUACUAUAGGUUUUGCUUUCACUGAUCUUUUAAGCCAGUUUUACCCCUCUUGCUCCUGAU